GACAGAGGGCUCCACUAGGCGGAGUGUUGUGAGUCAACAGUCAAUACUGUAUUAUAUAUCCACGUAAAUAGCUAUAUACAGAGCUAGUUUGGGUGUAAUGAUAAGCUCCGCGGCCGCGCAUCGGCUUCCUGGUACGAAUAAUGCAUGCUUGAAGAUAUUCAAUGGAACCAAUGCAUGAAUACGAUACUAUUGCAUAAAACGUGUUAGUUGGAAUUGGACUACAUUUCAAAAUGGCUGUCUCUCUGUAUCUGCCUGUUAGUAUCGCCCUCGUGGUUUUGACUGUCGCUGUCGGUUACACAUCUUCCUUAACUUGCUACCAGUGCGCCGAUUCAGGGGGAGGAGACGUGGAUUGCGGGAAUACCUCUGUCCUUCUGAACCUUCCCAAGUCGGAGAAGGUAGUGGAAGAUGAGAAUGAACCUGAGGAAGAUGUACGGAUAAACAAGUAUCAUAAAAACUGCACUCCUUUCAUGCAACACAUGUGCAUGAUUGAAACGCACAUGUCACAGGGUAACGUCCGCAGCUACAUCCGUGACUGCAGUGAUGGGAAGACCUUCUCCUUCAAGGUGGACAAGUACCCUCUUCUGCAGCACCGUCCGCCCAACAACGAGACUACAUGCACCUACGAUGUUCAGCCGAAUAUGCAAAUCUGCAUCACGCUAUGCAACAGCGACCUCUGUAACGGUCCGCAGCCUCUGCCGAAAAAGGACGUCGUAUGUCGGAAUACUACAGAUUUUUAUGGUCAAGUCGAGGUUACCUGCGGAGCCUCAUCGUUACGUCAUGGCAUGAUGGAUGCUUCACUGAACACAUUGUUGGAUGUGUUGGGAACGAGAUACCUGGUACCAUUUCUCAUCUACAGUUUGGCUGUUUCUCUUGUGAUGUAAAUGGUGUAGGUAAAUUUGGUGGUCCGAGGUCUUCAAGUUACCCCACUGACUACUUGUUUAUUCUGACAAAGACCUGGGUGAAAAAGAGGUUUAAAAUCGCAUUGAAGAUAAUUUCACUGAUAUAGCGACGUUAAUGUAUGUGUGUGUGUGACGGUAUGUGUGUAUGUAUGCCGAUUUUAUUGUGCUAGCCCACUAAGAUACCAUGCCGCAGUUUAACAUGUGUACUCCAUUCAGGCACAGUAUACCGACUCCAAGCCGACGAGUCCUUGUUUUAGCCCCUUAAUGCCGAGGGCCAGGCAGGGUAAAAACAAGUUCCAUCUUUUAAUGCUGGUUUAGGAUACCAGACCAUUGAGACACAUAUACAAGUCCGCACACUGAUGCCCCACCUAGACACAGUAUACUGUCUCCAUUGUUCCUUGCUGUAUCACGUAAAUGCUGAGCGUCAGGCAGGGUAACAAUAAGUACCAUCUUUUAGUGGCCAGGGGAUCGACCCUCCAACCUUCCGCUCCUGACAAAGAAACUUCGCGUUCUGAGCAGAGAAGACGUUACAAACCAAAACAAUACCUUCCUCUUGUCUUGACGAAAAUGAAACUUUUCAUUCAACUGUGGACGUGCAAAAUGUUCGAUUGGCUGCCAAACGAUGCCAACUGAAAAUCGAAGCACGGGGCGUGUUGUGUGGAUCUUUUAUUUCAGUCACAAGACAGCCGAACGUAAACGUUUUCGAAAUCUGUUUAGAUUUUAUUUGGCAAUUAGAAAACAAAUCAACACCACCAUAGGGCCUCACUGAUUGUACAGUGGACAAUUAAGCCUGGACUGCGGCAUGACGAACCCUCGCUUAAACUGCCUCUCGAUGGAUUUUGAUUCUGCACUUUGAAUUAUCCUGGUAUCGACAUUUCAUUAAUUCUUUGAUUUUGUCGAAUUUUUAAAGCUUUUGAGAAUAUUUGUGGAAACCUGUACACUGUCAUUUUAAAUUAUGUGCACUUUACAUCGCAGCUACACAUCGUUUUGCCUGAUUGUUACAAAUGAAAUUAGCGCAAUGAUAUUAUUUCACAUUUGUAAUUUGACCAAGCCCUUAUAUUCACAUUAGGCACGGGUGGCCAAGGCGCCGCGAUUCGCUGUGCAGAGUUGCGUCCCUUGGGCACGCCAGAAACCUAUGAUCGUGGGUUCGAAUCCCGGUUCGCCCCGAUUAUGUUUCUAGGUUUGUCAGCACC